ACUUAUUCAAAUAUACAGAUUAUGAACUGUACUACUUGGUUUAGGAUCAAACACGCUAUGGAAAUGCUCAAUUGGGAGGCAGAGAUCGUCCUAAUAUCGGAUGCUUUCAAUCUGCAGUUACCUUUUUGAUUCUGGUCGUUUCUUUAUAGUAUGUUCUCUUAUCAUCAUAUCAUCUUUUGCGACUAUUAUAAUAUCUGCAUUGUUAUGGUCCGGGGUAGCGUUCCGAAAAAGUGGCUAGUGGCCAGUGGGUUGGAUUAUAAAUAACACAGUGAACUGCUUAGGAGUGGUACAUUGAGAAGUUGAUUUGUCAUGCGGGUGCUAUUCUUGCAUAGGCAGCUUAUGUUUUUCGGAUCAGAGGUUAGGAAGACAAGAAAAGCUCCGUGAGAGUCCAUAGGGAUAGUCAUGUCACACCGGGAUCAACAAAAUUCGGUAUGAGAAGCGAUUCGAGUCUUCUCCACACAAUGCAAACGGUGUCACUUGUCAGGCCAAGGACAUCGAGUACCAUCACGUUUAACUAAAGUCAAUCAAAAUGUUAGACCAUAAAUGAAAGUUUAAAUCUCAAUUUGUUGGGACUAAUUUACGUCCGGGUCAAUUUAGAUAUAAUUGUGGUUAAUUAAAAUCGAACCGAAUGGUUUUCGCUAAGUAGCGGUUAAGUCCGGUUUAUAUUCAGUUCCAAAUAAUAAACGCAAACUCUCUCCCACUGCAUCAUCUUCAAAACAAGACCAAAAUUUUCUCUGGCAAAUGGAAGAAUCUUUGAAUCUUAAAGCAAGAGAACUUCUUGCGACUCCAAGCCAUGAAGGAGCAGAGAUUCUCGUCACACAACUCUCAAUGCCUCAAGAAACCAACGAAUAUCAAACUGCGUUUGCUCUCUUCAAUUUCUGCGCUGAUACUUUCCCAAAUUGCUUAACCCUAAUGUUCCUCAAACUAUAUCGAUAUUCUUCCAAUGGCGUAAUCAGAUUCCACACGAUAUAUCUCCUCUCUGAAACCCUCGCCGAAUUCAGACUCUCUCGCGUCGCUCUCCAUGAAAUCAAACCUCUUGUGAUUGAAUGCCUUGCGAUGCAAGAAACCAAAAAAUCUGACAUGAAGUACCUACGAAGAAUCGUUUCUUUAAUAACCUACAAUGUUGUGACUUGCAAUAAUGGUGGAUGGUUCGAGCUUAGUGAUUGUAUCCUCUGGCUAGCAGAUAACGAACCUGUCAAGGCUUUUCAUGUCUUCAUCGAUUUGCCACCAGUCUACAAGAUUUUCAUCGACAAGUUUAUGCACAAACUUUUAGAGAAAGCUGAGAAAGUUUUGCUUGAUCCUGUGAAAAUUAAUGUUGAAGAUUGGAGCUUGGCUUUAGAAACUGUUGUGAAAAUGGGGAUUCAGAUUUCGUAUAAAGAUAUGAGAUAUGUGAAAAUGGUAGAGAAUCUUCUUUCUAUUCUUGGGAAGUCAGUGAAGGAGCUAGUGGAGAAGGGGAAGGAACAGUUUUUGGUACAAGGGCUUGAACAUCUUGAGAAGUUCUUGGAAGUAGACAAGAAUCUGUAUAAUUACAAUAAGGAACAAUGUCAUUUCGUGAUGGCUUUCAUGUUUAGGAUCAAACGUUUUGGAACACAGAGUAAGGAGGUUUUAAAGAAGAUCAAUCGGUUGGUUCAAACACCGGGAAAUCGAGCAGGAAAACAUAGCCGUUUGAAGAUCAAUCCGUUGGUUAACACACCGGGAAAUCAAGAUCAUGGAGAAAAGUUUGAUCAUUUGAAUACUUUAUCAUCACUUGAAGUUUUGAAAAUCUUUGCGGCAACUGAUCUUGAAGAUAGGACCAGAGAGAUGGCUAUCAGACGACUCGAAGUUGUGCUCUCUGAUCACACUUCAAAGAGAGUGGAAAUAGACUUUUCAGAGAUGAGAGAACUCCAGCCAUUGCUUAACUCUUGCCUUCGGCAAGAAGGAAUCACAGACAGCAUGUUCAAAGUCUUAGGUGAGGUGGUGAGUCACGUUGCGUAUGAGAUCUUCAAACACCAAGAUGUUACAUGGUAUGCUUUACGCAACUAUAUUGCAUCGAGUAAAACAGAGUUCAAGAGAGCGGUUUAUAUCUUCCAGUGCUUAACAAUGCCACUUGAAAAUGAGGAGUUUCUCAUUCCUGUGAUUGAAGUUCUUCUCCCAGAGAUAAGUACAAGGCUAACUCCACCAACAGAGUUGUUGGUAGAUAACAGUUGCUGGGUUUUGGCGUUUACGGGUGCCUUCUUUGCAGCAAUUCACUUGAUAGAGAUCUCAAGUCACGCUGAAUCCUUAAAGGAGAUUGCACAUAAGAUGAUAGACUCAGUGAGAAAGCUUGUGGAACGAGGAAUGGAAGUUGGACUUGUGAGGAGAGCUUUCAGAGAUGUGGAAAGCAUUGUGAAGAAACAAUUGCGAUGGUAUGAUACAAGCGAGUACAAAUUGGUUAAGGGUCUGCUUUGGAGACUCUAUGCAAUCAAAGGCAUGAAAUGGGAAAGUAAAAUUGUGUUGUGGAGAAUCAACGUGAUUGUUGAGAGAGGAGUUGAUGAAAUGGUUAAAGAGCUGCCAGAGAAUGAGUUUGAUUGGCUGAACCUACCUGAGCCUUAGGGACUUUUAUACAAUCUCAAAUUCUCCAGAAACUAGUUUUUGAUGUAUAGUUUUCCUUGGUGGGAGAAAAUUGUAAAGAAACAAGUACUACAAGUUGUUAUCUUGAUUUUUUGCAAUGUACUCAGUUUUCAAAACACUUCACUCAAAGACUCUUCUGCAGUUAUUAUGCUUCUUGUUUCUAAUCUGUACACAAGGUUUGUCCUCUCAAGAUUGUUGUUCACAAGGUAUGCAAAGACAGUAUCUAAAACAUCUUGUUUCCGAAAGGACGACACUUUGCGGGUACUUGAUUAGUUAAUUUUCCCAAUUCUAUAUUAUGUCUGAAGCUACUAUAUAAUCCUAGCUAAUAUUGAUGUUGACAUAACAAAGGAUAACGCGCCACACCGUCAAUCUGGGAGACGGCUCCUUUUCCUGGUCACAACUUUUAGGCAGAUUAUGGCUAUAAAGAGGUAACUUCUAUGGACUACUACUACUACUGGUUCUUGAUUAUUAUACAGUAAUGCUUAUAAACAUAUGACAUGGUGAUUUGAGAAAUGAAAACCUUGUCAAUAUAUUAUGGCAAAUGGACAGAGUCAACGGAUGCAUUUUAAUAUCUUAGAUUCUUAAUCAAUAAUACAUCACUAAUAUUUUAAAAACUUACAUAAACAUCUUUUGUCAACUCAAAUCUCUGUUUGAUGUGUUCUUAUUAUUGAUAUCAAUGUUCAUAUUUCCAAUUUAAUGUGCAACUUUCAAUUUCCACUAGAUAAUUAUAUCAUACAAAAACAUGUCACUAUUUUACUAAUUUUCUGAACAAGUCAAGAUGGUUCCG